CUCUCUCUCUCUCGGGGCUUAUUGGUAUUGGUAAGAGAUAUAUAAAGAGAGACUUGCUCUAUCUCCUCCUUUCAUCUUCCCCUUCACAUUCCAACACACCUCCUCAAAAAGAGAGAGAGAGAGAGAGACUCUUUCUGAGAUUUACAUAUCUCGAGGCUGAUUCUCAAAACACACGAAGAAGAAGAAGAAGAGAUUGUGUUUUCCUUUAUAUAAUAAUCUCUGGUUUAAUUUGGGUUUGAUGGUAAAUUCGAAUCUAUUUCCUAGCAUCGAAGCCACAGGUGGUGAAUCGUCUACUGAGUCGAGACGCAAGAAGCCAAGGAUAUCAGAGACAGAAGCGGAGAUUGAAGCACGAAGGAUCAACGAAGAAAGCUUGAAGAGAUGGAAAACGAAUCGUGUUCAGCAGAUCUACGCUUCCAAGCUCGUCGAAGCUUUACGUCGAGUUCGUCAGAGAUCCACCAACGAGCCUGAUAAAGUUGUCUCCGUUGCGGCUAGAGAGAUACGCGAGACGGCGGAUCGAGUUCUCGCUGCUUCGGCUAAAGGUACAACUCGAUGGAGCAGAGCGAUUUUAGCGAGCCGUGUCAGAGCGAAGCUCAAGAAACAUAAAAAGGCGGCUAAGAAGUCAGCCGGAAACUGUAAAUCGAGAAAAGCCGCCGCGACGGAGACGAAUCGGAUUAAGUUACCGGCGGUUGAUAGAAAACUCAAGUUUCUUGGCCGGUUAGUUCCCGGUUGCCGGAAAGUCUCUGUACCGAACCUUUUAGAUGAAGCCACUGAUUACAUCGCAGCGUUAGAGAUGCAGGUUCGAGCUAUGGAAGCUCUCGCUGAACUCUUAACCGCCGCCGCUCCACGGACGACGUUGACCGGACCUUAACGGCGGCAGUUAGUUUGUCAGUUGUUAAUUAGCUUUUUUUUUACCUUUUUACCCUUUUAUUUUUGUUAAGUUUUUUUUCUUUCUUUUUUUCUUUUUGGGUUUGGUCUACGCGAUUUUAAUUUAUUA